AAGAAGUCAUAUAAGACAUAUUAUUAUCUAAUAAUAAUUCAGUGUCGAUCAUACCUACUCAGGAUCAGUCACAGGCCUUGAAUUAUACACGUGACAUUAUUGAAAAACAAAUAUUAUCAGAUUGGAUCACUAAGUAAGGUGCCAGUCGAGCUAGAAUCGUACAGAAAUAAUAAAUUAGUGUUUCCGUACGUCAUCAACUUUUGGGUACUGUUUAUAUUUUUUCUUUUUUCAAAAGUAAGUAGGUAGGUGCUAACAAUCCAAAUGGACCGUAACCGCGCACCUAGGUUUUUAUUGCGGACAUCGCUUUGCACUACCGACCAUCUUUUGAACUAUAGUCGACAGCGAGAGAUCGUGUGACUCACACUGGACUGAGCGACUUCUGCUAUGAAAACAUAAGGCAGCUGAAGCCCCAUGCUACACAAUCAUCAUUCAUCCUUAUUGUUUAUUGAUAAUUAUGUUAUGUUUAUGUAGGUCUAGUCAAAGACGUUGAAAUUUUUUCAAUCGCCUUAGUCAGAGUAGAUAGACACUAAACAGUCAUAAAGUUUAUUUCAAUAACGAUUUAACCUUUAGUUGCAACUAAUUUUAUUACAUCUUCUUAAUAAUAAAACAAACAUGCUUGCAAAUAACGUAAGUAAUGAAAGAAAGAAGGUAAAGUAAAAUAUGCUGAUGUCGCAUUAGUCUGCAAGUUUAAUACGGAAUGCUAAAAGUAAAACUAAUAAUUUACGGACUUCAGUAUUUACUUAUUACCAUAGUCGUGUUACAUAUGUUAUUACUGCCCAAUAGUUUACUUAAUAGCAUUGUAAAUACCUAGCUGACGAUAUUUAAGUAUGGCUACGCAAAUAAACAUUUUGUAAUCACGACACGACACGACGAGGCGAACCAGUAUGCAUAUUAGUCUUGUGGACCAGACGUAUUAUAGUACAAACUGAUAAAACAUUUGAUAAGCUUAUCAUUAACCUAUUACGCUUGCUGGUUUAUUAUGUAUAUCUAAUUAAAUGUAAUACAGUUAAAUGGCACUGCAGCUAAAUGACUGUAUUUUUCUCUAACUAUUAUUAAAUAAAAGUGUGCAAAAUGGAGAAAAAGUUGCCGAGGCCAGUAAAUACGUCGUAUUAUAAUACUAAUUAUCAUUAUACAAACGUAAAUAAAGAAGAUGGAAAUAAAAUGCAUGGAUCACGGCGUGUUAUAACAUUUUGCCUGCUCACCACAAUUCUGCCUUCGAUUCUAAUAGUAUUACCUUUAUAUUUGAGGAAUAUUAAAUAUGCUGAUGUUAUGUACAAAAUAUCUGACUCGGAUGUUAUUCAAAUUCAUAAAGGUCAAUCAUCAAUAUUUUGUGAGAAGCAUUCAUUGAAAAUGAACACUACAUUUAGUGCUUUCCAGAUGAAAGGUACCCCUGAAAUAUCCAAUAAGAGAAAGCACAUAAGAUUAAAAAAGUCAAUGACAUUGCUGGAUGACACAUUGGAAUAUUGGGGAUUUUAUUUACUAAAAGGCGCUGCAGUAGAAUUAAAAGCAUGUUCUCAGCACAAAGGUUCUAAAAUUUUAGUUGUUAAAGGGGACAGGAUAUUGAAUACAUGUGGAAUUUUAGAUGGAUAUAAUAGACAAGAAAAAGGUAUCCCAAAAGUAGAACACCAAGGACUUCUCGUGACUUUAGAAAAUCCAGAUAAGAAAAACGAAGAAAAUAAUACUCGAAAACACCUAACACAUAAUAAUGAAGAAAACAAAUUAGAUGGUCAUGAUAGUUCACAAAGUAUAUUACAUACUAAAGGUACAACAGAGAAAAAAUCACAAAUUGUUCAAGAAAGAGCAAAACGGGAUAUAAAAAAUAUACCAUUGCAUAAUCCAAAUACAUUAUUGGAUACUGGUGUUUAUCAUGGAGGGAAUGCUUUCAACAGUACUGUAGAACUAGAGGAACCUGUUUCUAGAUUUGAAAAUACAUUAAAUGAGUGUUUUCAUGAUAUGAUUCUAAUAAAUCGCUUAUUUCCUUUCUCUGUGCAGUGUAACAGCACAAAUUACCUAGAAAACACUACCACUCUUAAAGUUGUUCAUGAAGUACUGCUUGAUGGAUAUUAUUAUUACAUAUUUUAUUCAGACAGUGGUAUUAAUGAUAUUCAUGCAAUUUUUGAUAUUUAUAAGCCAACAUUCCAAUAUGUGAAUAAUUCUGAAUCUAAAGUCUGUGUUAAUAGAACUGAAUGUGAAUUCAACAUAGACUUCUUUAGUGAUGAGUUAGUUAUUGUUGAAAAACCCACUAAAGAAGGCUUGCAAAAUGAAGAAAGUGACUCAUCUAUUCUUGUGUCAGUCUGUCAUCCUCGAAUGUCUAUUUAUAUAUUUUUUCCUAUAUCUGUCAUUUUACUUAUACUACUUUUUGCAUUUUUAUGAUAUUUGUUGAAAAUAUUGUUCCAUUUAAUUUUAGUCAACAUGAACAUUACCAGAAGUGUGAUAUUAAUUUAUUAAGUUUUAUAAGUAGGUAGCUAUGUAGUUGUCUAGUGAUGUUAAUUAUUAUUGAAUGUUGUGAAAUUAUAUUAUAUAAGUACCUCAAGGACUUUACUGUUACAACCAUAGUAAAUAUAAAAUAAAAUAAAAAUAAUAACUUUA